UAAAUGUGGCAGCAGCAGUGGCAGGUCAUGGCACGUUACACCAGCUCAGCAGCAGCCCUGGGCUCUUUAGGCAAAUGAGAGUGUGUGGCUGGCAGAGGCAGGGCAUUUACCCUCUCUCCCCCUCUCUUUACUGCCUCUUAUUCAAAUUUGGGUCAGGGGUGAGGAUUUCUCACGUCACACAAGCUUGCAGGCAAGAUGGCGCUCGGAAAGCUGUGAGAUGUGGAAACAGAAUGACUGUUUGAAGAGCUCCUGUCGAUGCAUUAAGGUUUCAUAGGUAAAGAAAAAGAAGUUGGAAAUGGAAUUGCCAAAUCAUGCCAAACAAUUGCUGCUGCAGCUAAACCAACAAAGAGCCAAAGGUUAUCUGUGUGAUGUGAUCAUAGUAGUAGAAAAUGCCCUUUUUCGGGCCCACAAGAAUAUCCUGGCAGCCAGCAGUAUCUAUUUCAAAUCCCUUAUCCUUCAUGACAACUUGAUUAACCUCGACACGGACAUGGUCAACCCGUCGGUUUUCCGGCAGGUUCUGGACUUCAUUUAUACUGGCAAGCUUUUGUCAUCUGAUCAGUUCAGUGACCACAAUUUCAAUGCCCUUCUAACAGCAGCAAGCUACCUCCAACUUCAUGACCUGGCUGCUCUCUGCAGGAAGAAGCUCAAGCGUAAUGGGAGAUCCCUUCUUAAUAAACCAACCACACCUACCAAUGGAAGAACGUCUAGGAACCAAAGGCUGUCCUCUAUACCCGUGACUCCAAACCAAAUGUCAGGGUUAAAAGACAGUGAGAAGACAAAGAGGCAUGAGGAGCUACUCAAAGAUGACUUGUCUGAGGACGAGAUGUUUGUGAGAAACACCCACUGUACAACCUCAGCAAAUUCACUCAGUCCCUCAACGAGUAAGAAUGGAAGCAAUGGCAGUUGUGGUAUGCAGGAACUUGGCCUAGACCUUUCCAAGAAAAGCCCCUCAGGGAGCACAGCCACUGAAGAAGUAAGUCCCAGCAGCAUCCCACAAGAAUCACCUCAGUCUGCCUCAGAAUCCAUAGCCAACAGUGCCUCAUUUGAUGAGAACACCCACACGCAGAACCUCACUGCAGGAGAGCCCAUGGACCUGGGCGGAGGAGAAUGUGAAGAAAGCCAACCGCCUCCGGACGUUGAAAAGCAUAAAAGUUCCCGACAGGUCGCCCGGCAGAGGCGGCAACCCAAGAGUGAAGGCCACAAGGGCGAAGAUGCAGAACGAGGAACUUUACCCAACGGAGUUGUCAAAAGAUUGAAAGUGGUUGGGCAGAGGCUCCCUGGUGGAGGAAAUGGCAAUUCCGAAGUAUCCUUCCAGUGGAAAGAUGAUGAGGAAGGUUUAGAGAAUGGACAGGAGCAAAGUGAAGAGAGUGGACAGAGCGAGAGUGAAGGUGGGCGGAAUAGCACCAAUUACGUCUACCGACAGGAAGGCUUUGAGCCUGCCCUUGGUGACAACCUUUAUGUUUGCAUCCCCUGUGGUAAAGGCUUUCCGAGCUCCGAGGAACUGAAUGCCCAUGUGGAGACCCACACAGAGGAAGAGUUGUACAUCAAGGAGGAGGAUGAUGAUACCUAUCCAAAGGAAGAUGAACUAGAAGCGGAAGACUUGUCUUCACAAAUAACCCAUGUCCUUGGCACUGAGUCGCGUCGCUUCAGCUGCUCGGUCUGCAACAAGAGCUACAAAGAUCCGGCCACUCUUCGACAACAUGAGAAGACCCACUGGCUUACCCGUCCCUUCCCCUGCAACAUCUGCGGCAAGAUGUUCACCCAACGUGGCACCAUGACACGUCACAUGCGCAGCCACCUGGGGCUGAAGCCAUUCGCCUGCGACGAGUGCGGCAUGCGCUUUACCCGCCAGUACCGGCUCACUGAGCACAUGCGGGUUCACUCAGGUGAGAAGCCAUACGAAUGUCAGCUAUGUGGGGGCAAAUUUACCCAGCAGCGUAACCUCAUCAGCCACCUACGAAUGCAUACCUCCCCGUCAUAAGCCAAAGACACCUUGAACAGUAGACCCUCAGCAAAAAGAGUCAAUGCACACCUCUUCCUUUUGAAGUAUACUGCAAGGAGCCAAUAAUCCAAAGCAGGGUUCUCUUCUGCUGUUAAUUACAGGAGGAGCCUUUCAAAAAACGAGCCCCAACAAUGGAAAGAAUAAACCAAUCGGUAUGAGUUUAUGAGAAUAUGAUUUUUUUUCUUUUUGAAUUUUGCUGUGAAUGAAAAACAGGGGUACUAAUGCUGUUGUAUGAUUCUUUGGGAUAUUGUGACCACUCUCAACCACUGCAAUCCAUGCAUUGCUUUCAAGAGUCCAUGUGGUCUGUCUGAUUGUUUAGGGUUUUUGGUGUCCCAGAAAUAUUCCUUCUUUCCAUUCUUGGUCCUUGAUAAAUUAUCACUUUUGAGAGUUCUGGUGGUAUAUUUUAUGUUAAACUCUCAGCAAGGUUUGAGCUUGUACUGACCAAGUUAUUCUAUACACAAAGGUUUUAAUUCUUUGAAGUGUCUCCUAAGGGUCUCAAAUAUAGUGUUGUCAGACAUGCAAGAUGGCUUUUCUGUCAUCAUUUAAGUGGUGUUUCAUAAAAGCUUUGUGCAUCCAACCAAACAUUUCCCAGUAGACCUACUCUGCACAUCACAUCCAUUGGCUUAAUUCUAGGUGUAGCUGGAAAACAGGGUCUUUGUAAGUUUUGUACUGUGGUUGAGGAUUCGGUGAUCAGAUUGGAUUUACCCUAAUGUACCCUGCUCCUACAUCUAGAUGCAAGCCAAUGAAAAAGUGGUGACGAGAGGCCAUGGGUGUCUUUUUUGUCGUUUACUCCCAUAGUAUAUAGGGUUUUAUUCUCAAAGAAAAGCCAAACUUAAAGGUACUUGUUUUUAGAUUUCUUUAGAUAACUUAUUGGUAUGCUUCUGUGAAUGUUUUAACUGGAAGUUCUUUCCUUCAUUUCUUUGGGAUCAGAGAGGGUUGGGUUGGUUUGGGUGAUGGGUUGGGCAGGGUUCAUUUAAGUGAUACUGAACUUCAGAAAUUCUGUCGGUACUGUUAUUUUUCACUUUUUUGAUUACGUAUUUUCCCUUCACUAAACAAGGCAAGUCUGUAAGGUCUCGUCUCAUUGCUACCUCUUAAUUAAGAACAAUACAUUGAUUGCAACUAUGGAGGUCUCUGAAUAUAGAUGUAUAAAGUUUGCUGAGGCUUUCAAAGUAGUUGUAACCUGCCCAUCAACAAAGGUUUUAAGUUUUAAAAGCAUUAAUGUAGAGAAUAGCUUCUUUGGGCGCAUGUAUUUAAGGUAUUGAGAGUUUUAUGUCAGAGAAAUCCAAAGAGAAAUUUAAUAUUGGGGAGAAUGGCUUACCAACAAACGUUUCCUGUAGAAUAUCCCUACCAAAGUUUUUAGAUUGCAUUGCAGGAGGUAAGGAUGUACUUUUGUCUUUUAGUUCUUGACGAAGAGCAAUGUAGUGGGAUGUUAGUUUGUACUUGACAUUUUACUAAAAACCAAUGAACUUCUUCUGGUGGUUGGUGGGCCGCUGGCUUUCCAUUUUUUGAAGUUUACAGAAGUUUUUCAAGAGUGUCUUUUGGAUUCUUACUUUGUCUGCAGAGAGACUUUGAAGAACUUCAGAAGGACUAAUUUAUUUUAGUUCAGACCAAGAGAAAACCGCAUAGCAAAUGUCGUAGGUUCUUGUGUUACAUGUUGAACAUACUUGGAAAGCUUACUGAAUGAGGAGGAAUUGAUGCACUGGAUUGCUUAUUAGCCAUCAGCCCUAAAUAAAACCUUGUUCUAAAACCAUGCUAAGUUACAUGGCAUCAAGUAAAAACCAUGAUCGUGUACUCAUUCAAGGUAUUAUGUAAAGUAUGCAUGUUGAAAAGAAUUGAAGGUUAUUCAAAAUGCUGGUAAUUGUGUCGGGUGAAUGUUACAUGAUCAGUGUUGGGUAGACGCUGAUGGAUGUAUUUAUAGUACAGUGCUGAAUUCUUUGCUGUCAUUUUCAUUUCAUAACUCAGUUACGGAUGAAUUAUAUCGCCAAUCCCAGUGUAUCACAUUCCAUGAGUAAUCCUUAGCCUUCUUAAUGUAAAAGUCUUAAUGGCAUUCCUUUUUUCUGGUUCUUUCUCCAAAGUCUUGUGUUUGUGCUUGCUAAUGAUGAACUUUGGGGUGCAGCUAUAGUCGUGUUAAUGGAGUUGUGUUUACAGAUAACCUUUUUCCUGGAAUUCCUUUAAUUUGCCUGUUUAAACUUUGUUUUUUUCAUUGAUUUUUUUUUUUUUAAUGUCAUCUCCAUCAGUUAUUCAAGUCAGUAUACUGAAGAUGUGUGCAACUCAUUCCAUUUACACACAGUAUUCAUGUGAUUUCAGCAUAGCACCAAAGCUAACCAAAAUAGCCGGUUACAUUUAACUUUAACCCAAUGCAAGUCACCAAAAUGUCUUAUUUUGUAAGUUGUGCACAUCUUGGAUGUUAGAUUUUGUUUUGUUACAGUAUAAUUGUGCUCUGGCGUUGAUACACACCUCAACUCAGGGAGACUUUUUAAAUAUUUUUUGUUGUCAAACAUACUGGACAGGAUUCCAGGAAAAGGUUCCCAUUGAUAUCUUGCUAAUUUACAAGCACUUCACUUGAAUACCAUCAAAAAAUGAUGUCUUGGGUGAUACGAGGCUCUGUUGUUGAUUCCAGCGUUUGAGACUAUAGCUGAAAGAACUGGGAGAGCGGAAAAAUGGAUGACAAAGUUUCAAACUGUGACAAUAAUGUUUCUACUUCAAAGCUUCAGGGAUAGUUCUGCAUCUUUUGAAAUGCGGAGCUUUCGACUGCAUUUGUAAGACUGUGUCAAUACUGUGUCAAUUUCUGUAUUUUAUUGAUGAAAAGCAAAACACUAGUUUCCUACGAAAUAGAUUUUACGAGUGUGUUCCCAUUUCAAAACGCCUUCAAAAAAAAAAAAAAAAGCAUUCUAGUAAGCGCAAAAUGUAUAAACGAAUAAGAUUAAAGCUCAUACCCAAAUUUUCAGACUAUUUUCUAAACCAAAGCACAUUUUGAAUGAUUGAUUGAUUGAUUGACAGCUUUUAAAGAUACUUGUGUAUAAUAUCUCAUUGUUUACAUAAACUCUUUACAGUCAUAGACCUCAGGUGAGGGGAGGCCAGUUUGGACCUGCUUCUGUGUAGGUCACCGUCUUUAAACGAAUCGUAACUGUGUGUCUUACCCUGUGAACGUAGCCGCAUGCUUCUGAUUUGGAUGGGCUGCUACUUUUAUUGAUUUGUAAUUGGCCCUUUAAGAUGUGCUGAGGCAUCCCUUCUGAAAAUCAUGUUGUUGACAUCAUUAUUUUUAUGAAUCUGCUGCUUUUCUUUUUUUCUUUUUUGUUUUUUAAAAAUGUAAAUACGCAUGAAUAAAACGACACACAUUUACCUCAAAGUAACUUUUUAGAACCUGCUGCAUAUAUAUAAAUACAUAUAUAAAUAUAAAUAAAUAUAUUUUAUUUUUUAAUUUUUUUUUGCAUCAACUCUCUCUUAGUUUUAGUUUUUAAAAAAAAUGUGUUGUAAGUAUUCUGAGCUGCCUGUUUUCUUUUUCUUUGUCCGCAAAAGAAGCAACUUAAAAACCCACUGGCCUCUCCUCCGUCUACAUUGGUGCAAACACUUACUGACAGUGUUCACUUUUUUUUAUCAAAUGUCUAUUGUCAGUGAUGAAUGUAUUUAUUUGUUUGAUCCUGUUUUCACUUUUUAAGCGUUCACUUUGGGUGAGACGACGUGUCUUCAGGGUCUGAUGUAUUCUGUUGUAGUAAGCUGAGAGGUAAAUUGAAAAAAAUGACACAAGACGGAUCAUUUUAAACCUGUGAAGACGUAGACAUGAGGAAUGUAUUUCUCCAUGAAGUGUCCAUCAUAAAGGAUGUAUCCCACAUUGUUUUUGUAAUCUUAUCUCACCCAAAGCAUGCACGUGCUCUGGAUCAUGUGUUUCCUGUCACAGACUCUUGAAGGCUGUUUGUCGAUUUUAAAUGUUCUCUGUCUGUACGCCUCUGCCCACCGAUACAGGAAGGGACCUUUUAGAAUUGUGUCAAAGGCAUUCAAGGUUGUGUUUUCUGUACUGAAAGCUGCCGUGUUGUUGCACGCUGCGAUUCAAGGCUGCCGGCCGAUUUCAUUUCUUUCUUUUUUUCCGUUUUAUUUGCAAAUGCCCAACAGAGCCAAAGGUUUUUCCUAAGAAACAUCACAUCUCCUCAUUUUUUUCACUGUAAGAUCACAUCUUUUUAAGCUUUAUAAAAUGCACUUUCUAAGUUCUCACUGAGGUCCUUUACGCAGGCGAUUACAUCUUAUCUGCUAUUUACAGAUUUACUUGAGUUCUGAAGCUUUAAGUAAAUGCAAAGAUUAAAACUCACACUUGUUUGCUGCUAAUGUGUAGUUUUGUCUGAUUCUACAUAUCCCAGAUAGUAUUAUGUUGUUUUUCUUGAACGUUGCCUCUUGUCAACAUAACUGGCAAGUGUUAGGGACCUCGAGUUACCAAACCAACCCAAACUAACUAAACCAAAGCCAGAUUUACAAGCAUGUGCAUAGCAGGUGGGCAUGUUUCCCAUAUGUUUUUACUUGAACGCCAUAUUGCAUUGCUAGCCUGUACACCAUACGCGUUUUAAUUUAGCAUUCCAAUAACUUUUAUGUACUGAUUAAUAUUUAUUUUCUUUCUGAAUGAGAGCAGGGCGUAAGAUAAGAGAGAUAUUUGGAGGAAUACAGACAUCAUCACCAGUAGGAGCAUUAUAUUAGCACACUUGUGAAUGAAGACAAGUUGCUCUUGACGAAUAUUAAUUUGAAUUACUGUCGUGUUUUUGGUCAGCCUUGAACAUGUUGCGUGGACAACACGGCGGUUUCGCGUUCCUCAGAGAGCUUGUAUUCAGGUCAGAGCUACAUGCAGCUCGAAUUCUGUCUCAUGUGAAUAAAACACAAUGUACAGAGCUCAUCUCAUGUUCACAGUCUUAAUGUACAGCUACGAGAAGUCAUUUUAGAAUCUUUUCAUUAAAAUCUUGAUCAAAAAACCA